AUGUGCACCGAGAACUACGACCCGUGCUACCCUGACCAGCCGGUGGUCGACCGCUACCUCCCCGUAUGGGCCAAGCUGCAAGCGUUCGCCGCCAAGCCGGCCUUCAUCUGGGCCGACGACGCGGCGACGUCGUCACGCACCGCACUGACCUACUCCCAGCUCGACUCCGCCGUCGAACGCAUGGCGCGCAACCUCCUCGGCACGCUCCGCCGGGGCGACGCCGUCCUCGUGCUCGCCUCGCCGGGGCUCUGCCUCAUCAAGCUCCUCUUCGCGUGCCAGCGCGCGGGGCUCACGGCGGUGCCCGUCAUCCCGCCCGACCCGGCCAGGUUCGGCCCCGCGCACGCGCACCUGCUUCGCGCCGUGGCGCAGACGAGGCCGAGCGCCGCCGUCGCCGACGCGCGCUACAUCGACGCCGUCACGAGGAUGGCCGCUUCCGUCGCCGGCGGAGAGUCCGGCCGGCUGGCUGCCAUGCUGAGCCGCCUGCGCUGGCUGGCCGUCAGCGAGCUGGAGCGGGAACGCGGUAGUGGUGGGCCGGCAUCGGCGGCGGGGUACGUGGGCUGCGGGCCGGACGACGUGUACCUGAUCCAGUACACCUCCGGCGCGACGGGCGUCCCGAAGCCCGUCAUGGUCACCGCGGGCUCGGCGGCCCACAACGUGCGGGCCGCGAGGAAGGCCUACGACCUGUGCCCCGGCAGCGUCGUCGUGUCGUGGCUGCCGCAGUACCACGACUGUGGCCUCAUGUUCCUGCUCCUCACCGUCGUCGCCGGUGCCACGUGCGUGCUGGCCGCCCCCGACGCCUUCGUCCGGCGGCCCCGCCUCUGGCUCGAGCUCGUCACCGAGUUCAGGGCGACGUGCACGCCCGUGCCGUCGUUCGCGCUGCCUCUGGUGCUCAGGCGCGGCCGCUCGGCGCACGGACGGUCACUUGAGCUCGGGAGCCUGCGCAACUUGAUCCUGAUCAACGAGCCCAUCUACGAGUCGUGCGUCGGCGAGUUCGUGCAGGCGUUCGGGCGCGACGGGCUGCGCGCCACGUCCAUCUCGCCGUCCUACGGCCUCGCCGAGAACUGCACGUUCGUGUCCACCGCGUGGCGGGGCGCGUGCUCUGACCUCCCGUCGUACAUGAAGCUUCUGCCAUCGGCGAGGCUGUCUCCACCAUCGUUUUCCUCGGGUAACGUGGGGCCGGAGAUCGAGAUCGCCGUCGUGGACGAGGAGACCGGCGAGCCGUUGGAGGACGGCAUGGAGGGCGAGAUAUGGGUGUCCUCGCCGAGCAACGCGUCGGGGUACCUCGGCCACCCGUCGGCGAGCCGCGAGGUGUUCUGCGCGAGGGUGCCGGGGCGGGCCGGCGCGUGCUUCGUGCGCACGGGCGACCGCGGCGUGGUCAAGGGGGCAGAGCGCUACCUGUACGUCGUCGGCCGGAGCGCCGACGUCAUCGCGCUCGACGCCGGCGGGCGGCGCCGCGUGCACGCGCACUACGUCGAGACGGCGGCUUUCGGCAGCGCGCCGGAUCGCCUGAGAGGCGGCUGCGUCGCGGCUUUCACGACGUCGACGACACAGCGGUCACUUUCGCAAACCGACGUGGCCGUCGUCGCGGAGCUACAGAAGGGAAGCGGCGGCGAUCACAGGGUCCUCUGCGACCGCAUAAGGGAAGCAGUAUGGCGAGAAGAAGGGGUGAGGGUUGGUUUGGUCGUGCUGGUCGACGGUGGCCAGGUGCCGAAGACGACGUCGGGGAAGCUGCGCCGCGGGGCGGCGAGGGAGAUGCUGCUCGCCGGGAAGCUCCGGGUGGUCUUCGAAGCAAGGUACGAUGACGGUGACGGCUCGGUAGCUGGGGUAAGAGGAAACGAAGGGGAGGAGAUGGCGGAGGCGUCUGCAGCUUGUUCGGGGACUGACAUUGCCACCGCCUUUGGGAGCGCGAGCCGCCGUCUACGCUUGCAGUCGUUUCUUUGAUCAAAGCUUUGGUCGCGUGGCAUGGCAACGUGGCAAAGGAGAGCCACUGAUUGUGAUUAUCAUCUACGAUGCGACCCCUCC